AUGGUGCUCCAUCGGGCCUUCCAGGCUGCUCGAGGGGGGGAUGUCGCACUCCUGAGGGAGCUGGCGUCUUCCGGUCACCUCUCACCUACCAUUACUGAUGUUCAAGGUGCUUGCCCGGUGCACCAUGCGGCGAGGUGUGGACGCCUGGAGUGCCUGCAGUUCCUGGUGAGCGAGCUGGGGCUGGCAGCGGACGCCCGGGCCUCCAACAGGGCCACCCCUGCCCACGAUGCAGCCGCAACAGGGCACGUCCGGGAGCUGCAGUGGCUGCUAGACCUGGGGGGCUGCAACAUUGAGGAUCGGGAUGCAGCCGGGGCCACGGUGCUCCACCUGGCGGCGCGGUUCGGUUGUGUGGAGGUCAUUCAGUGGCUGCUUUCUGUUGGAGGGGCAGCGGAGAUGAAGACACACUGUGGAGCUGUACCUGCUCACUAUGCUGCAGCCAAUGGGGACCUCACCUGUUUAAAGCUGCUUGUUCAACACGCACCGCGAUGUGUGGACCAGCAGACGGUCCUUGGGGCCACCCCGCUCUAUCUGGCCUGCCAGGAGGGCCAGCUGCAGGUUGCAGAGUUCCUGGUGAAGAACUGCGGGGCCGACGUCCACCUGAGGGCCCACGAUGGCAUGACCUGCCUGCAUGCUGCUGCUCACAUGGGCCACCAGGCUGUGGUGCUGUGGCUGGUGAGCUGCACUGCCGUCAGUCUGUCCGGCCAGGACCGGUACGGAGCCACUGCUCUGCACUUCGCUGCCAGCAGAGGGCACUGUUGCAUCUUGGAGAGGCUGCUUCACAUGGGUUCAAAGGUCAUCAAGGAUUACUGGGGAGGGACCCCACUUCAUGAUGCUGCAGAAAAUGGAGAGCUGGAGAGUUGUAAACUCCUGUUGGCCAAUCAAGCGAACCCCUCAGAUCAGGAUAUUGAUGGGUUUACAGCAGCAGACUUGGCGGAGUACAAUGGACACCAUGAAUGUGCCAGACAUCUCCGUGCCAUGAAAAGAAAUACAGCCUGUGCAGAGCCCACCCAGGAGAGAGCUCCAGUGGAGGAGGAGGAGGAGGAGGAGGAGGAGGAGGAGGUGAAGGUGAAGCCGGCUGUGGUUCUGCAGUGCAGCAGGGAGGAUUACUACGGCAGCCUGAGUGACCCGUGCAGGGACAGCUACAGCAAUAACACACCAAUGGAUAGUUUGAAGCAACCUCAGAGUGAGGAAUCCCCGCAGGCCAGAUACCCUCAGCCCCCCCCUGCACCCCCCUCACCUGCUUCAUCCCCUCCUGCCAAGCCAGAGAAAAGCAUUAUCAACAGAAUGGUGCAGGUUCAAUUUGCAACAUCUGUUAUUAAAGGUUUCAAUGGGCCCAAGGUGGCUGGGAGUCAGAAGUCUGCCCCUGCUGAUAAGACCAUGUUGCCCCACGCAAACCUCCUAGCUGGAAGGAAGCUUCUUGGGGACAUGAAAUCCAUUCAAUCCUUAAAACAAUCAGGAAUAUCAGGAACGUUCACUGGACAAGCAAACAAGAUGGUGGUCCUGCCCACUGAGCAGGCCAACCUGUCCGACAUCGACUACCUGGUGCCCACCCACGACGAGAGAGGCCGGCCCAUCGCUGAGUGGAAGAGGCAGGUGAUGGUGAGGCAGCUGCAGGCCAGGCUGCUGGAUGAGGAGGACCAGAGGAGGAAGGAAAAUGGGAACAGAUAUGCCAAAGUCAGCUGGAGGUACUCCCAAGCCCACAACGCCAUCCUGGGGCCCUCCGGUGAGCUGCUGACUGAGGAUGACCUCAUCUACUUGGAGCAGCAGAUCGCCAACGUCUCCCUGCAGAGGAACUGUGAAGGCUACGAGAUUGAGCUCGCUCGUCUAGCUGAGGAGCUCCGGCACAUUCUGCCCGCCCCCAUAGUGAACAUCACAGUCAACACACAGUUCAGAAACUUCUCAAGUCAAGUUCCUCUACCAGUGUGGUGUGGCCGCAUCUCGGGCAUCGUGAAAAGCAUGUCUCUGCUCAUGACCAACCUGACAGACCAGCCCUACUGUAAGAUGCCCAACACCGAGCUCAUAUCCGUCUUCUCUCAGACGCCAGACAGACAGAACUCCACCAGGGGCCGCAGGGAGAGGAUAGAGAAUGAAAUCCAUCAGUUUGGUGUGUCUGUGAGGACUCUGAAGUAUAAUUUUGAGACAGAGAACUCACCUUCAGAUGAGCCAGAGGAGGCUGUUGUGUUGUGUUCCCCCACACAGCCUGAGGCCACAGAGUCAGACAAUAAUCCUAAAGUCCUGUGUCCGGCCCCAGAGACGGACCAGAACAGCGACUCCGGCAUUGACUAUGAUGAAAAUGUUGCAGAUGUUCUAGAGACCACCAGCCUCAGAAAGGAGCGUAUAGUGGUGCUGUUCUUAGGCCACUGGAAGAAGUCGGCCUACACCGUGACCCUGAAGAGUAAGGACGCAGCAGAGAGGAAGACGAGUGGAGGGAACCCAGGGACGGGCGACCAACCAGGGCUGAGUCGCAGGACCAGCGUGGAGAGCGCCCCGUCCAACAUGAUGAACAGCUCUCUGGGACACUUCUUCAAGCAGAGGAGCGCCGUCAACAAGAUGCUGGGGAACUGGAGGAGCAUGAUCUCCAGUGUCCCGUCCAGACAAAUACGCAGGCUCCACAGGCAGCAGGCUCUAUACUCCCCCGAGCAGUUCCUCCCUCGUUUGGACGGUGUGCCGGUGGAGUACGACAACCUGACUCUGGACCUGUUCAUGCUGGGAUACUUCCACAUCCUCGAGUUGGAGCUUCCUGUGGACGAACGCAAAAUUAGACACCUGCUGUGUUUCGAGGUUUUCGACCACGUGGGGAGCUUUCCCUGGGAACUGGUCAGGGACUUCCAUAAGGCUGUCAUUCAGGACAUCGAGGCUGGGAACCGCGAGUGGAAGGACGGCUUUGAGGACAUGAAAGUGAAGUUUUUUGGAAACACCGCGAGUCAGCCUGAAAGCGCUGUAGAAGUGGUGAAACAUAUCCUCCCAGAGGUUAGACAGGUCCCUAAGGUCAUUGUGCAGACACCUACGCCGGACGAGGGGAUGCUGAACAGCGGAACUGACAUUUCCAGUUUUAGCAAUGAAGAAAUCUGUAAAUACAUCGACCGCAGUUUUGCUUUUUGGAAAGAGAAAGAGGCAGAGAUUUUUGAUUUUGAGUAG